AUGAGAAGUGUGUGGUUUUGCCUUGGCCUGCUCCAUCUGAGCGGGUCUGCGCAAAGCGUGGAAGAUCGAUGGGAGUCGGUCAGGGCGAUUCUGAGCGCCUUCUUUCCGAUUCAAGAUAUGGCUUUCUCUGCCGGCAAGGCUGAUGCGCGUCACUUUACUUUUGAGAAGGGUGCCACUUCAAUGUCGACGCCGCUAGCCAUGGCAUCCUCAAGCAAAUUCCCGGCUGCAAUGGCGAUUGCUGCUUGUGUGGCUGAAGGCCAUGUCACGUUUGAUACCUUCGUGCACGAGGUUUUUCCUUGGUGGACGUCAGAUCCUGCUGUUCCAAAGAGUCGCGUGACUCUGCGGCAUCUGAUGUCGUUCACAAGUGGCUUCUAUUCUCCGGACACUGGUGGAAACCUACCUUGCUUGGGUGCAAACGUCUCGGAAUACACAGCUGAGGGCUGUGCGAGGGAGAUCUAUGACCUCGCCCCAUUUCUUUUUGAGCCCGGAACAGCUUGGGCCUACAACUCCUUCCAUCUGCAAGUGGCCGGAGCCAUGGUCGCGCAUGCAGCUGGCAUCUCCGUGCAGGAGUUACUCCACCGAUACCUCAUAGGGCCCUUGAGCCUGAAGGCGACCACUUGGUUGGGUGGGGAGAACCCGGGCCUGGCUGGAAACAUGAUGACGACAGGUGACGAUUACGAUCGAAUACUACGGGCAUACGUCGGCAACGAGCUGAUCCCUGAAACGGUGAGUCGGGAGAUGGAGAGAGACUACCUGGGUGGAGUGCGGAUUGCAAACUCCAGCACCUUCCUGGUUCAGUUGCUGGGCCACUAUUCGAUGUGCAACUACUUCGAGUGUUUUCCGCCCAAACCCAGUGACUUCACUGACAAGUGCAAGGCGGCAGAUGUGCACAUGGACGCGGGCUUGUUCGGCUACUACCCUCUGGUCGAUCGGACCAAGGGAAUGUACAUGCAGAUCGUGACUAUGAAGGUCCCGACGUCCAAGGCCACUUAUUUCGCACCAACCAUCGCGUCCAUGGCCUUGCGCCUUAUCACUAAGGGAUGGGUUGACAGAGCCUUGCACUUACCCACGGAGUGGCUCGCAACUGGAACGACUAUGGACCAAGCCACAAGUGUGACAGAGGACCUGCUUGACCGGUCAGGUUUGCGAGCAGUUUGGCCGAGUGCUUCAAUGCUGUGGUCCUCUUUGAACGAGACCGUGAUAGUGUGA